GCCAUUCGUAUAUGAGGUAUCGAUCUUCAUGAUAGUUGGUACCGUAUCGACGGAUGUGGUCAUUAUCUCCAUUUCACGAUCUUGUUUACGUUCACUUCCAGAUGACAACACUAAGCUAAGGGACGUCGAUGUUUUGUUGCGCUGCUGCUGCUUUUGCUGCUAUAUCAGCAGCUUCAUUCCCCUGUAUACCAACGUGUCCUGGCAACCACAGAAAUUUUACGUUCACCCCUAUUAGGGGUGCAUUUGUAAAUCACUUGGUUAUGAAAUACCAUACUCAGUUUGUGGUAGCUGACAAUCCAGCCUCGACUGACCUCUGAGGAUAUAUAAGAAGCUCAAUAGGGACUAACUGGUGUGAUCUUGACUGAUCACUCUUCCUCCUAGACUGGAUACAAAAUAUGAUUUGCCGUUUCAUCUGAUUUCCCAAAAUUAGCACAAAGAGGGUUCCUCCAUGAAGAUGUGCCUUAUAAAACUACUGUUAUUUGGUGUAGUAUAUUACAUAAUCAUAAGGUGUAAAAUAAAAGUGUUCUGUUUA